GCGCGGCGCGGCAUGGCGGCGUAGCGGCGGGGCAUAUGGCGCUGCCGCGGAUGCAGGCCGCUCUGCUGGGCCCGGCCCGGCUGCGGGGCGCCGGGAUCCCAUGGAGCGUUCUCAGGAACUACUCCUCCGCCAGCACCAAGGAGAAGGCGAGCAGAAAUGCCAUCAGUGAGAGGACAGAGCUGCUGGAAGUGCUGAAAGCUCGAGUGAAGCAGCUCCAAGCCAGUAAUGUCCCGGAGGUGACGAUCAACAAAGUGGAGCUGGCCCCGCUGGUGAAUGACAAGUACCAGGAUCCGCUGCAGAAAGCGGUGGCUCCCAGCCCUGCGGAGGAGCAGCCCACACCCAGGGGAAGCGAUGAGAGCCCGGCCAGGCCCAGCAGCUGGGUCAAGAAGAUGAAGAAGGAGGCAUACCUCCAGCAGCUGAAGGUGGAACAGAAGUUACCCAGUACUGCCUUCAUGUUGGCUCUGGAGGUCAAGGUGAAGGCCAAGAGGAAGGGCAAGUCAAAGGCCAAGAGGAAGGGCGAGGCGAAGGCCAAACCGGAGGGCGAGGUGAAGGCCAAACCAGAGGGCAAGGUGAAGGCCAAACCGGAGGGCGAGGUGAAGGCCAAACCGGAGGGCGAGGCGAAGGCCAAACCGGAGGGCGAGGCGAAGGCCAAGCCGGAGGGCGAGGCGAAGGCCAAACCGGAGGGCAAGGUGAAGGCCAAACCGGAGGGCGAGGUGAAGGCCAAACCGGAGGGCGAGGCGAAGGCCAAACCGGAGGGCGAGGCGAAGGCCAAACCGGAGGGCGAGGCGAAGGCCAAGCCGGAGGGCGAGGUGAAGGCCAAACCGGAGGGCAAGGUGAAGGCCAAACCGGAGGGCGAGGUGAAGGCCAAACCGGAGGGCAAGGUGAAAGCCAAGAGGAAGGGCGAGGCGAAGGCCAAACCGGAGGGCAAGGUGAAGGCCAAACCGGAGGGCGAGGCGAAGGCCAAACCGGAGGGCGAGGCGAAGGCCAAACCGGAGGGCGAGGCGAAGGCCAAACCAGAGGGCGAGGUGAAGGCCAAACCGGAGGGCAAGGUGAAGGCCAAGAGGAAGGGCGAGGCGAAGGCCAAACCGGAGGGCGAGGCGAAGGCCAAACCGGAGGGCGAGGCGAAGGCCAAACCGGAGGGCGAGGCGAAGGCCAAACCGGAGGGUGAGGUGAAGGCCAAACCGGAGGGUGAGGUGAAGGUCAAAGCUAAAGCCAAGAAGAGCCUGAAGAGUCCAAAGGCUGAAGUGGCUGUAGCCUGUAGCCAGAGCCACGCUGGCUCCCGCAGUGUCUAUUCCCACAUCAAGCCCAGGAUGGCAGCAGUGAAGGGAGGUGCAAAGGUGCAGAGGCCUUGGAAGGUGCUGGAGGGCAAGGACAGCAGCCAGCACAAGAUCCUGCAGCAGACUAUUCAGUCCAACCUCGAAUGCUUCCUGUUCUUGCAGCAGCCGGAGGAGGCUGAGAGGUUCCUUCUCUUGUACCACAGCUCCCCUGCGAAGAGAAAGUUUUUGAAUGUCAAUGCAUACAACAUCGUGAUGCAUAGCUGGGCAAGAAAGGGCAGCUUGCAGCACAUCUACCAGCUGUUUUCCAUGCUGGAGGCCGCCGGCCUCCGGCCCAGCCUGGACUCCUACGCAGCACUGCUGGAGUGCAUGGGCCGGAACCAGGUGUCCCCCAAAGCCAUCCGGAGGUGUGUGAAGCAGCUGAAGAACGAUGGCUUCCAUGUGGAUGACCUCUUCCAGAAGUGCCUGUUUGAGGAAGAUGAGAAAGAGAAGGUGCUGAGGGCCAUCAGAACUGUCCAGCCCAAAUACAAGCUGCCUCCUCCACCCAGACCCAAGAUCUGCAAGUCUUCUUUGCUCCGGGACUUCUACUCCAAAAAGACGACGGUGUCAUACCCCAACCUGGACUUCUCCGUGCAGGAGUUGCAGGAGCGCUUUCAGCAGCAGCUGGAGAUGGAGCUGGACAACACCGUAACCAUUCAGUCAGUGGAGUCAACCAAACCUCUGACCCCACAAGCCAUUAAAGCGCGCAAACUGCUGGCCACCCUUCGUUCCAAGUGGCAUAACUCCAUCCUCAGAGCCCUGCAGAAGUCGAAGCACAACAUGUCCAAGCCCAGGACAGCAUCAGCGUACAACACUCUCUACCCCUACCUGUGUGUGCUGCCAGACAAGGAGUAUGUGGGCAUCAUGCUGCAGAUCCUCAACACCAUCUCUCCACACGGAGAAUUCCUCUCUGUCUUGGCCAGAGAGCUGGGCUCUAAAGUGUACAACAAGUACAUCAUCCAGAGGAAGCUGCGCAGCCGCCAGCUGGAGAAGGUGCAAGAGAUCUAUAAGGACUACGUUCACCUUCUGGCAAAUGACAGCCAGCCUGACAAGUACUUGCCACGGGAAUAUUGGGAGAAGCUGGUGGCCAAAGCAGGCUUUGGGCCUUCCCUGAACUUGAAGGACGGCAGCUGGCCAUGCGUACUCAUCAUGCGCCUGGGCAUGCACUUGCUGGAAAUCCUGGUGCAGACUGUCAAGGUGCCCAGGAACACCUUCAACACUCGCCUGGAGCCCAGGCUUAUCCCCGUCCUCUACCACAUCUACUCCUACCGCAGCACCUGGCAGGUUGGGCUGAUAAAGCCCCAUCCCAUCUUCUCCCACAUUAUGUCAGACGCUGCAGAGACCAUGCUGACCUUUAACUCCUCCGCCAUACCUAUGCUGUGCCCCCCGGUGCCCUGGACCUCCCCCCAUUUCGGUGCCUUUCUCCUGAGUGACACCAAGUUUAUGCGCAUUGUGGAUGGGGCCAUCCAGCACCAGCUGCUCCUGGACCAGUGUCCUCCAGUGAACCUCCACCCUGUGCUGGAUGCCCUGAACCAGCUGGGCAACUGUGCCUGGAAGAUUAACCAGCCAGUGCUGGAUAUCAUCAUCUCCAUCUUCAAUGACAAAGGCAAUGAGAAGUUGGACAUCCCACCGCCCAUCUCUGAGGCCCCCAGGCCUCCUGCUGCUCCCAGCAAUUCCUCUGCCUCCAGCAAGGCCCAUAAGCACGAAUUGUUGCUGUGCAAGAAGAAGACAGCUGAAAUGCACAGCUUGCGCAUGGAUGCACUCUAUAAGCUCUCCAUUGCCAACUAUGUCAGAGACAAGGUAUUCUGGUUUCCUCACAACAUGGACUUCCGAGGCAGGACGUACCCUUGCCCACCUUAUUUCAACCACCUUGGUAACGAUGUCACCCGGGCCAUCCUGCUUUUCGCAGAAGGAAGGCCACUGGGACCCAAGGGCCUUGACUGGCUGAAGAUCCACCUCAUUAACCUCACGGGGCUGAAGAAGAAGAACUCCUUGCAGGAGCGGCUGGAGUUCGCCAAUGAAAUCAUGGAGGAGAUCCUGGACUCAGCUGACCACCCGCUCACAGGCAGGAAGUGGUGGAUGAACACUGAUGAGCCCUGGCAAGCCUUGGCGUGCUGUAUGGAAAUUGCCAAAGCCUCGAGGUCCCCGGAUCCAGCAGCCUACAUCUCUCACUUCCCAGUUCACCAGGACGGCUCUUGCAAUGGUCUGCAGCACUAUGCAGCUCUUGGCCGGGACCUUAUUGGCGCCAUGUCCGUCAACCUGAUGCCCUGCAAUGUCCCCCAGGAUGUCUACAGUGUGGUGGCCCAGCAGGUGGAGGAGUUUCGGAAGAAGGAUGCUGAGCAGGGGGUGAAGAUCGCCCAGGUGCUGCAAGGCUUCAUCACUCGCAAGGUGGUGAAGCAGACGGUGAUGACAGUGGUGUACGGCGUCACACGCUACGGCGGGCGGCUGCAGAUGGAGAAGCGUCUCAAGGAGAUUGAAGAGUUCCCUGAGGAAUACUUGUGGGAAGCGUCUCACUACCUCGUAAAGCAGGUGUUCAGUGGUAUCAAGGAGAUGUUCUCAGCAACUCGAGAUAUCCAGACCUGGCUGACGGAGAGUGCCAAGCUCAUUGCCCAGUCGGGACGGACAGUGGAGUGGGUCACGCCGCUGGGUCUGCCCAUCAUGCAGCCCUACUAUCGGUCCAAGUCCACUGUGCUGAAUUGCAGUAUGCAGACCUUGAGUGUGAAAACCUCCAACAACAACCAGAAGCCUGAUACAGUGAAGCAGAAGAAUGCCUUCCCACCAAAUUUCAUCCACUCCCUGGACUCCACGCACAUGAUGCUCACAGCUCUGCACUGCCUCAGGCAGGGUCUGACCUUCGUCUCAGUUCACGAUUGCUACUGGACUCACGCGCUCACCGUGGACAUCAUGAACCAGAUCUGUCGGCAGCAAUUUGUGGCUCUGCACAGCGAGAAGAUCCUGCAGGAUCUGUCCAAGUUCAUGCUGGAGAAGUACUGCAGCCCCGGCAGAGAGACAAGAGCCCUCUGGCAGAAGAAGCUGAUGGAGCAGCUGUCAAAUGUCCCCAAGACAGGCAAAUUCAACCUGAAGGAGGUGAUAAAUUCCACCUAUUUCUUCAGCUGAGCCCAAAUAGCCAGCGGGGCCCUGGACUAUGCCUGGAGUGCUGGUUGCCUCAGAAGCUGCGGUAGGCACUGGCCUGCGAGGCUCCUCUGUCCUGCAUCUCCUGGGGAAGGGGUACAGCUGCCAGCCCAGCAAAGAGACCUGCCUAGCACUGAGCUGCUGGGGCAAACUGGGACUGCGCAGGAAGAGCCACGAGGGGCUGGUGGGGGAGGUGGGUGUCUGCACUGUUCGCUGUUGCUGCCUGAGUCCCAGGCCGGGGCAGAGACCAUCGAGCCCUGGGGAGGGCUGCAUCUCCCUGGUGUGGGGCUGAAGGGGUGAUGGCUCCCCUCAGUCCUCACCCUCUGCCUGCCAGUGCUGGGAGCUCCAGAGUGUGCCUGGCUGGAGCCUGGCCUGGGCUGCCAUCCCUCUCCAGCAACAGGGCUCAGACCUCCUGGAGGGGCGGGCAGCCAGCUGGGGUGCUGAGCCCUGUCACCGCUCUCCUGGGGCGCAGCCUCGGUGGCCCCUGACUCUCAUUUCCAGGGAUCGGUUUAACUUCUGCUCACUGGGUCUCAGGCAGGGAAAACCACUAACACGGGGGUGGAGAUGUAUGAUACUGUAAAUAAAGUGGUUUUUGAAAUACUAA